CUCCGCCGCGUCGCCAUGGCCGCCGCCGCCGACGACGCCUCCAAGCCCCCGCCGCUCCCGCCUUACCCGGAGAUGAUACUGGCGGCGAUCGAGGCGCUGAACGAGAAGAGCGGGUCGAACAAGUCGGCGAUAUCGAAGUACAUCGAGGGGAAGCACGGGGACCUGCCGCCGGCGCACGCGUCGCUGCUGACGGCGCACCUGGCGAGGAUGAAGGAGUCCGGGGAGCUGAUCUUCCUCAAGAACAACUACUUCCGAGCCGACGCGCCCGACGCGCCGCCCAAGCGCGGGAGGGGCCGCCCGCCCAAGCCCAGGGACCCCAACGCGCCGCCGCCGCCGCCCAAGCCCUCCUCCCCGCGCCCCCGCGGCCGCCCGCCCAAGUCCAAGGACCCCAUCUCCGACGCCGUCGCGCAGGCCGCCUCCGGCAUGCCCAGGCCCCGGGGCCGCCCGCCCAAGAAGGCCAAGACCGCGCCCGCCCCCAAGCCCAAGCCCGCCCCCGCCCCCGCAGACGGCUCCGCCCCCGUCAAGCGCGGCCGCGGCCGGCCGCCCAAGGUACGCCCCACCGUCCCUAGCGAGACGGCGGCGGCCUGACCAAACAAACCACCCCAGUCUCCGGCGUCUCUAGGGUUAGGGCGUAAUUGGGAUAUGGCUGUUAAUUAAUUCUAGGGUUCGCUUCUUCGCUUCACUUAAUUUCCUCUAAUUGUUCGUCGUAAUCAGGCUGCUCUCGUACAAUUAAUCGGGUAAUUAGGCUUUGUUCUCUGUGCCCUGCUGCUGCUGCUGCUGCUUGUGUUGUUGUUCCUGUUGUUGUUGUAAGCUAGGCUUCUCCUGCUGCUGAGUGGAUUAAUUAAGCUAAGCUAAGCUAAUGUCAGAUGUGUACAAUUAAUGGAUGGUGAUUUGUUUUUUUAACGAUUGGAUUGCCGGUGUGUGCUGCUUUGGAGUGUUUGACCUCUCUGAUAGCGACGCUGCUUAAUCUGUCUAAGCUGCUCUGUGAUGGCCUGCUAAUCAUGCUCCGGUUUGGUUUUUUGACCGUGCUGCUCCGCUCUGUGCUUAUCCUGUGGAGUGGAGUGGACAGUGAGUGGAGUGUGGGUACUUGGCUGUUUUGUCGUUUAGCUGCCUGUCUAGUGUACUACAGUAGAGUGGUGCAUUGCAGUACUACUGUAGUAUUGUUGCUGCUGAGCAUGUUUGAAUUGCAAAUUUCUCUCUCCCUCUUUCAUUGACAUUUUGUUAUGAGGACAAUCU